UUGACGUUUCGCCACCAACAUUCAAAAAUUCAAGAAUGUAUAUCUGUAGAAUUUGAUUGGAUAGAAUUGCAUAAGCCUUCGCAAUCCUCCGAAUCCUUCGGCCGUACAUUUGAUGACUAAGGUUGGUGUCAAAAUCACGUGAACAAACGGCACGGCUGCCAGACGUCCGAAUCAGGUGCGCUCAGGUCACGUGCUAGUAUCUUCUAGCCUAUUCCUAAAGGGGAUUAGACUGGAAUUGUGUGAACCGAAAGCCCGAUAACUUCAAGAUCUAAAUUGUUUAAUGUCAACGUCCAUCGUGAGCUUGCUCUGUCGUGAAUUCUCCAAUUGACAGCAACCAGUCAUCAUGAACACUUUCCGCGUCGCUCGCGCAGCCCUUAGGGCUCGUCCCACGGCUAUGCGUCUCCCCAUUCAGCCCCUUCAGCGAAGGACGUACGCUGAAGCCGCAUCGGACAAGAUCAAGCUGAGCUUGACUCUCCCCCACCAGUCUAUAUACAAAUCCCAAGACGUCGUCCAAGUCAACAUUCCCGCCGAAUCUGGAGAGAUGGGUGUCCUUGCCCAGCACGUUCCCGCGAUCGAGCAAUUGAAACCCGGUUUGAUCGAGGUCAUCGAGGAGAGUGGCGGCAGCAAACAGUUCUUCCUUUCCGGCGGCUUUGCUGUUAUCCAGCCGAACUCUGUCUUGAGCAUCAAUGCAGUUGAGGGCUACCCCCUUGAGGAUUUCAACGCGGAUGCUGUCAGAGCUCAGAUCGCUGAGGCGCAAAAGGUUGCGAGCGGCGGCGGCAGUGAACAAGACAUUGCGGAAGCCAAGAUUGAAUUGGAGGUUUUGGAGAGCUUGCAAGCAGUCCUUAAAUAGAUGACGCCUUAAGAGAAAGGAGGGAACUUCAGAGGCAACUUGUACAUCACAAACCUAUUCCUUGCAGCAAAGCCGUCCAAUGGCACGAAUUGAGCAUGAUUAGAUGCUUAGGUGCUUAGAUUUCCUUGCUACAAUUGUAGCACCUUCCGUUAUUCAUCUGUGGGAUAUCCUUAUAUCAGUGCUUGCCUUACUCCUGAGUCUUGAUUUCAGCUUCCUUUGUUAUAUGACUAGGGUGUAAAGGCAAUUGACACUUCAAUUCCAUCUAACCUCGUCUAGUGUCUACUUAAAAUGCCACAAUGGAUUAUCUAAAACAUUGAUCUUUAUAUUGUACCACUUAACAUAGGUUCAUCGAAUAUUGACUAUUGUAUGGGUAUAACUGCGACAGCCUAUUGUCGGCUAGCACCGUUCGUCGUCGAUGGGUCCGGUAUUAAAUAUGUCGACUUACUCAUUGGGCGAUCCUCCAAGUGCGAACGCUCCCAAUGACUACGAUCAAGUUCCAUUAGCUCAAAAGAUCAUACCAAAAGGGACUGUCUCGUCCCGGAUACGUCGGCUUCAUUACCUUACCC